AUGUUUCGAUACGGUAUUUUGUGCAAUGGGAACCCUCUGUUUGAAUCUGAAGAAACCAGCCAACCAACCAACAAGGAGCAGAAUAUUUUGCCUAAACCAAAAUAUGCCGACUGUGACUGGUCAUUAAGACAAACAUCGUGGUACGCAGAAGAGGACCCGCUCAGUAACUGUCGUGUGUAUGGAUUUCGUAUGGAGGAUUUGCGGAGAUUCUUGACAACAGUGUAUGGAUUUCGUAUGGAGGAUUUGCGGAAAUUCUUGACAGAGAUAAAACCGCUGGAACCAAAUUUGGCAAGUGCCAAUUCGGCUCCCUGGGCCAACAGCGGCUCAGAUUUGAGUUGGAGAAGGGCGAAUUGA